AUGGCCAAUGCCCAUUGUGGGGUUUAUGAUUCUGUGAAUAAAAAUACUAAAACAACCAGAGCACAUAUCCAGAGAGAGAGAGAGAGAGAGAGAGAGAGGAAGGGGGGUCAGGGUCAGACUCUACAACUAGUACUAGACAGUAGACAUACCCAAAAACAAAGCUUUGGAUUUUGUUUCUUUCACGUUGAACUUAUCAAAUCCUUUUCAGGGUUUCCAAGCAUUUAUAUGUUUGUGCAAUAAUUCCUCAAGAUCUGUAAUUUCAAGGCACAAGCUUUUGCUGCUGCUGGGUCUGUCUGUGUAGGGAGGAACAAAACCAAAAACAUGGAGGUGGGUCAGAUGCAGAGACAGUGGGUUGACUACACAAAGUCCUUGUUUCUGGAGGGGCUUUUGGAUGGACAGUUUCUGCAGCUUCAACAGCUUCAAGAUGAGAGCAACCCAGAUUUUGUUGUGGAAGUGGUGUCUCUAUUCUUUGAUGAUUCUGAGAAGCUUCUCAAUGAUAUCACCAGAGCUCUAGAGCAGCCGAGUGUAGACUUCAAAAAGAUUGGUGCCCAUGUUCACCAGUUCAAGGGUAGCAGCUCCAGUGUUGGUGCACAAAGAGUUAAAAAUGGCUGCAUUGCUUUCCGCAACUUCUGUGAGGAACAAAACAUUGAAGGGUGUAUCAGAUGUCUUCAACAAUUAAAGCAAGAGUACUACCUUGUGAAGAACAAGCUUGAAACUCUUUUCGCGAUGGAGCAACAAAUUGUGGCAGCUGGUGGGUCAAUUCCUAUGUUGGAAUUAAGUUUCUAAGCCUACAAUUUGUCAAAAGAAAACAAGAAAGUUGGGAGGUUGUAGAGAAUCUCUUCAAGAUUAUUGUAUAACACCUCUCUAAAUUGAUUGAAAGUUCUCUUUCACUAAUGAAUUAUGCUUGUAUGAAUUGUAUGGAAAGGAGUUUUCUGUCUGCUACAACUUCUUAAUGAACCUUCAAGGGUCAAAUAACCUUGUUACCUUUGUAACCUAUGCUUUUCUUUUAUUUACUUGCAAUAAUUUUGUACA